AUGGCAUUUUGCCUGAGGCGACUAAAACUAAAUCUUUUUACAACAACAAAAUUACGGCACAUAAUGACUACGCCGAUUAAUUGUGAAAAGGCCAUGGAAAAUCUUAAAAAAAACCCUUAUUUUGAUAAAUACGCUGAACGUAUAGCGGCGUUACAAAAAACAUCGCCGGAAGAAUUUUUGAAAAAAUUAGAAGAACAAAGCAAGUCUCAAGAGAGCCCUAUGAAGAAACAAUUAUCAUCCGUGGAUACUAGGCAGUUUUCGUCAGUACUUAAUCCCAAAGAAAAUUUACAAUCUAAUGUAAGCAUAGAAGAUAAAAAGCUUGAUGCAAUAUUUAAAACUGAUCUGGUUAAAGAUAAAGAUGCAUCAGAGAUACAAGUAAUUUGGGAAGAGUAUCACAAAGAUAAAGAAGUGAUCUGUGCCACUAUACCUCUACAACUAUAUGAAGACAUGAGACCGAGGACAAAGGACAAUCCUACAUUUAUUUUUCCUCUCCCCCGUGCACAGGGCUUUGAGUUUAUAAUGUGCCAGAUUUCUGGCCACUCUGUUCACUUCACCCCACUUUUAGCUUAUCAGGUACAUAAGGAAAAUGCCCCUGAGUGUUUGACAAUGAUUCAUUACACUGAGCUAGCUGACAAGGGUAUUGUGUUGAUGAGAGGAGAUUAUGAUAAGAAUGUGUUGGGUGGACAAGAAGCUCAAUGUCUUGCCAAUCAGUUCCAAAUGUAUUACAAUGGGAAAGAUGCAGAAAAACUCAACUUACUAAAAUCUUUUACUAUCUCCCCACAGUCCUUUAACCACAUGGACCUUAUUGCACAAUUAGAAAAAAUUACACUUGUUUAA